UUGAACUGGAAUAGGACUAUCCUUUCACCAUUCCGCGAAGUGCGCCAGUGGAAAAACAUCGGAGGAAGAUUUCUCUCUCGUCUCAUCUUGUACUCUCUGCGCUGUCACCACAUCACCGGAGUACCGCACCGCAGCGCAGAAGCCACGCCUGGUUUGGUAGCAGCAGUGGUAGCACGGCCCUACCUCUGUCUCUGCAGAUAAAUACUCGCAGCCGGCCUAUUCCCAGGCAUGGAUGAAGGUUGCACUCAGACAUGGCACUGCGACAUUAUACUCUCGACUUCAAGCUCUCUACGGCAGUUGACUCUGCUACGACAGUUCCUGAUCUACUGUCCAUAUUUCAUGAGCAAGAAAUGACAGAGACUGCGCAUGAAACAAAUGGGCAUGGAUACCUUGGUACUUUUGUAGGCAAAAAUGGCCGGCUUGCUAUUCUGCGUGUGCACUCCCAUGCGUUGGUCACCAUUGAUCUGCAGUGUUAUGAAGAGGAUAACAUUGCACAACUAGACAAUCUUUUAAAUGCACUGGAAACGAAGCUAAAGGUUAUCUUAAAUGGCAAUAUUACAAGGAUUAAAAGGCUCCCAGCCCUCGUACGAGGAGCAGAAGUUGACCGAUACUGGCCCACAGCUGACGGCAGACUGGUUGAGUAUGACAUGGACCAGAUAGUGUACGAAGAAGAUUCUGCAUACCAAAACAUAAAGAUAUUGCACUCCCAGCAGUAUGGAAAUGUCCUCAUACUCGAUAAUGACUUAAACCUAGCAGAGAGUGAUUUGGCCUACACCCAAGCCAUCAUGGGUAGCGGAAGAGAGAAUUAUGCUGGAAAAGAGGUGCUGAUAUUAGGAGGAGGUGAUGGAGGCAUCCUUUCUGAGAUGGUCAAACAAAAGCCAAAGAUGAUCACCAUGUUGGAUAUUGACCAGAAGGUGAUAGAUGCUUGCAAAAAGUACAUGAGAGGAACUUGCGGGAAUAUCCUCGACAACCUGAAGGGAGACUGCUACCAAAUACUAGUAGAGGACUGUGUCCCUGUGCUGAAGAAGUAUGUCCAGGAAGGAAAGACGUUUGAUUACGUCAUCAAUGACCUGACUGCAAUCCCAAUAUCCACGCAGCCAGAAGAAGACUCUACAUGGGAGUUCCUGCGGCUAAUCUUAGAUCUGUCAAUAAAAGUCCUGCAUCCCUCGGGGAAAUAUUUUACACAGGGUAAUGCUGAGACCCUGACAGAGGCACUGAGUCUGUAUGAGGAACAGCUGGGGAAGCUCUCGUGUCCGGUGGCAUUCUCCAAAGAGGUGACAUGUGUGCCCUCCUACUUGGAGCAAUGGGUUUUCUACUCUGUAUGGAAGAAGUAAAGACCCCCAGUCUUCUCUGCUUGAAUCCUCAGCAGCUGGAAUGUGAAUGCUCCUCCCAUUUCUGCUGUAGCCUUAAAGGUGUGUUCAGACUGAAUGUGACAUAAAAAUUAGAUGCAACACAAAGUUUGGAUAAAUGCAUUUUUAUGUGGGCUUUAAAAUGUAAAGAGUUUAGAGGUUUAUUGUCAUAUGCACAGUAAAGACAACUUACACAUAAAGAUGAAAAGCUUGCUUUGCCAGUCUUCCUUACAAAACAAAUAAUGAAAAUAUAAUAAAGCUUAAACAAAAAAAAAAAAAACUAUAAAAAGUUAUAAUAAAUAGUUUGAAAAAGGGGCAGGAUUUAAAAAAACGUACAUGAAUAAAAUGUAUAGAGGGCACUGUUCCACACACUCGUGACAGUCCAUGCCUAUUGUUGGUGAGCUACGGCUAACUCACUACAACUAACAUCUGUAAUCAGCAAUUGGCUGUUUUUAGUUAAUAGACAUGGAUUGCAAAACGCUCCAGCAGUCAAGUUACUGUGAAUGAAUUAAGAUGAAAUUGACUUUACAUUCAGUCUGACCACAUAUUAGGGGUACAAUGGCGGUUUUAUCCCCUCUCUAAUAACCCCAUUCUACCCUAAUCUUCCUCCUCCUUGUUUUAGUUUUUACCAUUGUUUGCUACGUUUGUUGUAUUUAGUUUGUUACUUAAUUUGGAUUGUCCAUUUGCAUGUACUCUGAAGGAACUGUUCAAUGUUUAAACCGUGAUUAGAUACACUGAUAAUGUGGUGUAACUCAUCUUACAUCAACAGGUGUGUGUUCUCUUGUUUUUUUAGGUUUUCUAAGUUCUUCACUUUUGAGUAAUGAGCUCAUGUCGUGUGAUAGGCCAAUAUAUAGCCUUAGCAUAGCUGAACGGAGUUGCUUUUAAGCGGUUUUUGUUACUGCCUCUUCAAUGUGAUUUGAUUAUUUCAGAUUGUAUCAACGCAAUGUGACCAUGCCCAGUGAGACUGAAGUGUUUAAGUCCAAAUGUGUUUUAAAAGGGAAAUGAUUCCACCACUUUGCCACCUUUGUGCUUGUGCUGUUUUUAUGUCCUGUUUUAUUAGCACCUUUUGGUUUCUCCUGAUAUAUUUUAAGUUUUUUUUAAGACUGUAUUAGGUGCAUGUAAAGGACAGUGAAUGUAGCUUGCAUAUACAGUACACAGCACGUUUAUUCGUGAUCAACCCUGUGGGACUCGGUUACAUUUAUUUAUUCAAUAUAAUUUAACCAAAUGCUGUUUGGUCACACUUGAGAUACUUUCUUUGAUCUCUUCAAUAAAGUGUUUUGGGGGGAAAUGUU